AUGUCCUACUCACAGUUGCCACAGCAACCACAAUCGCAGCCUCCGGCUUACGAAACCACGGGGCCUACGUCUCCGUAUGGAGAGCCCCCCGGAGCCAGAACGGAAGGAGACAACAUCCCUGACGAUUUCAAGUAUUCUGUGAAUGUUGCUUCGUGCGAAUUGCCUAUCCGCCAGAUGUUCAUCAGAAAAGUGUAUGCUAUUCUUUCGCUUCAGAUAUUCGCCACCAUCGCCGUGGGAUUUUUCAUCAGACUGAGCUCGGGGGUUCAGAAUUGGUGUAUGAACAACAUGUGGCUCUUUUGGGUGUCAAUGGUUGGUUCAUUUGGUUUCAUGAUUGCCGCCCACGUCAAGGCUCGCUCAUACCCUACAAACCUUAUCUUGCUAGCGGGCUUCACCUUGUGUGAGGCGUACCUCGUCGGUCUUGGCUGCUCGUUAGACCGGUCGGAGAUUUUGGUGAAAGCUACUCUUCUUACGGCUAUCAUUUUUAUUGGUUUGACAGCUUUUGCUUUCCAGACAAAGUACGACUUCAGAAGUUGGCAGGGUGCUUUGGGAAUGGGCUUGUGGGCUCUUCUCGGCUGGGGAUUGAUGAUGAUGUUCUUCCCUGGAGGCAAGACCGUGAAUAUGGUCUACUCUGGUAUUGGUGCUUUGUUGUUCUGUGGCUAUAUUGUCGUGGACACGCAGCUCAUCAUGAAGAGCUAUCAUCUUGACGAUGAAGUCUUGGCUGCUAUCAAGCUCUACUUGGAUAUCUUAAAUCUCUUCUUGUUCAUUCUCAGAAUGAUGCGUAAUUCAGAUGACUAA